GAACUUCAUCAUCAUGGGUCAGGCUGAAACCAAACCUGGAGAGGGAGGUGAUCAACAGCAGUCACCAAUCCAAGGAACGUCACCGGCGCAAGAGCCACCGCCAACCCAGAAGCAACCAUCAGCUGAACAAGAAGAAUCCGCAGCGAAGAAGGAAGCAGAGCAAGCUCCAGCGCAAGAAUCGCCACCGGCACGUAAGGCACCGUCAGCAGAGCAAGAGGAAGCGAAAAAGGAAGCUGAAGUGAAGAAAGAACCAACUGAAAAAGCUCCACCAGAGGAGGAAAAAAAGGAGGGUAUCCAAAAAGAAGAGAAGCCUUUGCUUAAAGAGGAAAACGUGGUGGUCGAAAAAGACGAACAUGCGAAAGAAAAGGCACCUGUUGCACUUAUUCCAACAAAAGUACCGCAUCCUGUAGUCCCUAAAGACAAGAUAGCAAAAGCAGAGAAGCUUGAAAAAAAGGAAACGAUGGAAAAGCCAAAGAAGGCGACUCCAACUAUUGUUCCAAAAGCGCCAGAAAAGCAAAGUGAUGAAAAGGACAAAGAAACGGGUGAGAAGCACAAGGUCUCCGCAGAAAAAUCUGUGCCAUCGAAGGAAAAGGAGGGCCCUGAAAAGGCAGCACUACUCAAGAAGGAGGAGAAAAAGGAAACGGAUAAGAAAUCGACCGACAAAAAGAAGGUGACUCCAAAACAAUCUGCUUCCAAAGGCUCUAAAAGUUCGGGAACCUCGAAGUCUGGUGCAAGCGACGUCCCAGAAAAAGUG